ACCUGUCCGUUCUUGGACGCAGAUGAGCUCCACACUACAGACUCUCUCUUGCCUGAGCCUUAUCCUUCUUGUCUGGAACCAAGUGCCAGGGCUCCAGGGUCAUGAGUUCCGAUUUGGGCCUUGCCGAGUGGAAGGGGUGGUUCUCUCAGAACUGUGGGAGGCCUUCUCGGCUAUGAAGAGCACUGUGCAAACUCAGGAUGACGUCACAAGUGUCCGGCUGUUGAAGUCGCAGGUUCUUCACAAUGUCUCGAAGGACGAGGACAUGCUUUCCAUUAGUGAGAGUGCACACCGGCGGUUUUUGCUAUUCCGCAAAGCAUUCAAACAGAUGGACACAGAAACGGCUUUGGUGAAAGCCUUUGGGGAAGUGGACAUUCUCCUGACCUGGAUGCAGAACUUCUACCAUCUCUGACUGUCUAUCAGGAUAACUUCCUAUUUGUUCUCCACGCCAUUUCAAGCCAUUGUUAACACCCAGGCUGUCCUCAGGACACUUCAGACUCUUGGCCAUGGACUGACUCCGUUGCUGGCUCAGGCUUCUCUUCAGACUUCAUUCUCCAGCAGUCCAAAUGACAGUCAUGGCAGGCACCUUGGAAUGCUGUGGUGAACUCCUAAAGUGGACUUGUGUAUUUAUUACACCUUUAUUUAAUUAUUGUCACUGUUUCAGUGGAAACUGUAUUUAUUUGUGAGACUGGAAGUUCCAGGAAAGCAGCAGAACGUAGUGUCCCAUGCUUCCACCUUAUUUCCUGUGCUCUGGCUACGACGUGGGGGCAGUGGAUGGUUGCUCAGGAAAUAUUUAAACUGCGUUGUUUUUAUUUAUUGUUGUGUCUUGUGGAUUAUUGGGGAACAAUGAGUGAUGGGUUAUGAAGCUAAACUUCAGUGCAUGGAAAUCAUGCAGGGACAGAAUGCUGGGGCAUGGAGGGCACUGAUUUGAGAUUUUGUUUAUUUUUGUGUGUAUGGGUGUUUUGCCUACCUAUAUGUCUGUGCACUUCAUGCGUGGCAUGCAGUACCCUUGGAGGCCAGGUGAGGGCGUCAGAUCCCCUGGGACUAGAGUUAGAGGCAGUUGU